AUGGCUUCCCGACGGCUAGCUUUCAACUUGAACCAGGCCCUGCGCAAUCGCGCGGCCCUGAAGGCUGUCCAGCCUGUGAAGCGCGGUUUCGCCUCCCCGGUUACGCUGUCGUCCAAGACCCAGGCCACCACCCUGUCGAACGGCUUGACGAUUGCGACCGAGCACAACCCAUGGGCGCAGACCAGUACGGUUGGCGUCUUCAUUGACGCCGGUAGCCGUGCUGAGACCGACAAGACCAACGGAACUGCGCACUUCCUCGAGCACCUGGCCUUCAAGGGCACUAACAAGAGGUCUCAACACCAAUUGGAACUCGAAAUUGAGAACAUGGGUGGUCACCUGAAUGCCUACACAUCGAGGGAAAACACUGUCUACUACGCGAAAUCCUUCAACGCCGAUGUUCCGAAGGCCGUCGACAUCCUGUCUGACAUCCUGCAAAACUCGAAGCUCGAGCCCGCUGCCAUCGAGCGGGAGCGCGAUGUGAUCCUGCGUGAGCAGGAGGAGGUUGACAAGCAGCUCGAGGAAGUCGUCUUUGACCACCUUCAUGCUACGGCCUUCCAGAACCAGCCUCUUGGCCGUACCAUCCUCGGACCCAAGGAGAACAUCCAGAGCAUCCAGCGCGAGAACCUGGUCGACUACAUCAAGACCAACUACACUGCUGAUCGGAUGGUUCUUGUCGGUGCCGGUGGCGUCACCCAUGACCAGCUCGUCAAGCUGGCUGAGCAGCACUUUGGAAACCUGCCUAGCCAGCCGCCGACAUCGGCUGCUUCCGUCAUCGCCGCCGAGCAGAAGCGUAAGCCGGACUUUGUUGGGUCAGAGGUUCGUAUCAGGGAUGACACCCUGCCAACGGCCCACAUUGCUAUUGCUGUCGAAGGUGUCAGCUGGAAAGACCCGGACUACUUCACUGCACUCGUCACUCAGGCCAUUGUCGGCAACUGGGAUCGCACCCUGGGCAACUCUCCUUAUCUCGGCAGCAAGCUGAGCAGCUUUAUUGCCCACCAUGAGCUGGCCAACAGCUUCAUGAGCUUCUCCACCAGCUACAGUGAC